GACAGCUGGGUAACCUGCUCUUACAGCUGCACGCUCUGUCCUGCAGCGAUUGUGUUGAGCGGCUGCGUUGUGCGGUGCGCUGUAAAGUCACGAGUGCCUCUAGUAUGUCUGUCUGAAGCGGCUCUGACAAGACCCCGAUGCAAAGAAACCCAAAAACUUAGCUUUAGCUAAAAGCCAUUCCUUUCUGCUGGACUUGGAGCCGUGACUGAUUCAGUGGGCGUAACUUUGACAGAAUGUGGGGCAUUUGCAGCAGAACCAUGGUGAAGGUGGGGAUGGUGAAACCCUGUGGCCUUGUGAAACCCUGUCACCUGGUGAAGCCUGUAUCAGCCACGCGGGUCACUGGCAGAUAUCUGACGCACCAGAGAGGCCUGCCAAAUCUGCCCGUCCCCCCUCUGCAGCAGACCUGCGAGCGCUACAUCAGUGCCCUGGAGCCCAUCGUGGAGGUGGAUGAGCUGAAGCACACGAAAGAGCUGGUGGAGGAGUUUCAGAAGGCGGGAGGGGUCGGAGAGAGACUUCAGAGAAGCCUGGAGAAGAGAGCAAAGAAGACAGAGAACUGGUUAUCAGAGUGGUGGGUGCAGGUUGCUUACCUCGAUUACCGGUUGCCUGUGGUGGUUCAUUCAAGUCCUGGGUUGGUCCUGCCCCGCAUGAACUUCAGUGACAAACAGGGACAAAUAAGGUUUGCUGCCAAACUGAUCACUGGUGUUUUGGACUUUAAGACAAUGAUUGACAAGUGA